CCACAUUUACUAACACAACACCACCAAGCUGGUGUGGUAAUGCACACACAAACACAGUGUGCAGCUUCUCACUCUCCCAUUAUUACCAUUGCUGCAAGUGCAAAGGGAAAUUAUUAUAAAGAAAAGGAAAGAGGGGAGAACUCAAGACAAGCCUAACAGCUGGUUGCCUUAUUUUCUUGACUGUUGUUCUUAUUUCUCAAAGUUAGCAUCUUUUUUAGUUUUCCAUUUUUCUCUCUCUAGUUGAAAGAUCAAAGAAGCAUAGAAUAAAGUAGGAAAAAGGGGAAGAAAGAAUCAAAGAAUACAGUUAGUGGGGUGGUGAAAAGGGAGGCCUUUGCUUUCUGAGUUUUUACAUUCUUGAGAGGGUUUUGGCGUUAUGGGCUUGAGUGUUGCAAUGUGCUGCAAUGCGUUUUUGCUUGUGUUGCUGGUGGUAUUCAGCUCAUGGAUUUCUUGUGGAGAAGGUUCCGUUUCAUAUGACUCUAAGUCCAUUUCUAUUAAUGGGCGGAGGAAGAUUCUUAUUUCUGGAUCCAUUCACUAUCCCAGAAGCACACCUGAGAUGUGGCCAGAUCUUAUUCAGAAAGCAAAAGAAGGUGGCGUAGAUGUGAUUCAGACUUAUGUUUUUUGGAAUGGCCAUGAACCUGAACCUGGAAAGUAUUACUUUGAAGGGAGGUAUGAUUUGGUGAAGUUUAUUAAGCUGGUGCAAGAAGCAGGGCUUUAUGUCCAUCUAAGAAUUGGUCCGUAUGCCUGUGCUGAAUGGAACUUUGGGGGUUUUCCAGUUUGGCUGAAGUAUGUCCCUGGCAUCAGUUUCAGGACAGACAAUGGGCCUUUUAAGGCUGCUAUGCAAAAAUUCACAACGAAGAUUGUCAAUAUGAUGAAAUCCGAAAAGUUGUAUGAAACUCAAGGUGGUCCGAUCAUAUUAUCUCAGAUUGAGAAUGAGUAUGGACCAAUGGAAUAUGAGCUUGGUGAACCCGGCCGAGCUUACACGGAAUGGGCAGCAAAAAUGGCUGUGGAUCUUGGCACUGGUGUUCCAUGGGUCAUGUGCAAGCAAGAUGAUGCUCCUGAUCCAAUUAUUAAUACCUGCAAUGGCUUCUAUUGUGAUUACUUCUCUCCCAAUAAGGCUUAUAAGCCCAAGAUGUGGACUGAAGCAUGGACUGGCUGGUUUACUGAGUUUGGUGGUCCAGUUCCCUACCGACCAGUAGAAGAUUUGGCAUUCUCAGUUGCCAAAUUUAUUCAGAAAGGGGGCUCUUACAUUAACUACUAUAUGUAUCAUGGAGGAACAAACUUUGGCAGGACUGCUGGUGGUCCAUUUAUUGCAACUAGCUACGAUUAUGAUGCUCCUCUAGAUGAGUAUGGACUACUGAGGCAGCCUAAAUGGGGCCAUCUGAAAGAUUUACAUAGAGCAAUCAAGCUCUGUGAGCCAGCUCUAGUAUCUGCAGAUCCCACUGUUACUUCACUUGGGAACAAUCAGGAGGCUCAUGUUUUCAAAUCAAAGUCCGGAGCCUGUGCUGCUUUUCUUGCAAACUACGAUCAACAUUCAUUUGCAAAGGUGUCGUUUGGGAAUAUGCAUUACAACUUGCCUCCUUGGUCUAUCAGCAUACUUCCUGAUUGCAAGAACACUGUUUACAAUACGGCAAGGAUUGGUGCUCAAAGUGCGCAAAUGAAGAUGACCCCUGUCAGCAAAGGAUUUUCUUGGGAGUCAUACAAUGAAGAGACAGCAUCACAUGAUGACAAUUCAUUUACGAUGGUAGGACUGGUGGAGCAGAUCAAUACCACCAGAGACAACACUGACUAUUUGUGGUAUACAACAGAUGUGAAGAUUGACCCAAGUGAAGGAUUUAUGAGAGGAGGGAAGUGGCCUGUGCUCACAGUAUUAUCUGCAGGCCAUGCCUUGCAUGUGUUUAUCAAUGGACAAUUAUCAGGAACUGCCUAUGGAAGUUUAGAAGACCCCAGACUGACUUUCAGUGAAGGUGUGAAUCUGAAAGCUGGAGUAAACCAAAUUGCUCUACUUAGCAUUGCUGUUGGUCUCCCGAAUGUUGGCCCGCACUUCGAAACAUGGAAAGCUGGUGUUCUUGGUCCUGUUUCACUCAGUGGUCUAAAUGAGGGAAAAAGAGACUUGACAUGGCAAAAAUGGUCUUACAAGGUUGGUCUAAGAGGAGAAUCCUUGAGCCUUCAUUCACUCAGUGGAAGCUCUUCUGUGGAAUGGGUUGAAGGAACAUAUGUCAGUGAAAGGCAACCACUGACAUGGUACAAGACAACUUUCAAUGCUCCAGAAGGAGAUGAGCCUUUGGCUUUAGAUAUGAAUAGCAUGAGUAAAGGUCAGGUAUGGAUAAAUGGUCAAAGCAUUGGACGCUACUGGAAUCAGUACAAAGCAUCUGGCGACUGUGUCCCCUGCAACUAUGCCGGGUGGUUCAACGAGAAAAAAUGCCUGGGCAACUGCGGUGAAGCUUCUCAGAGAUGGUAUCACGUUCCUCGUUCGUGGCUUUAUCCCACUGGUAACCUAUUGGUUGUAUUUGAAGAAUGGGGAGGAAAUCCUUAUGAGAUCUCUCUGGUUAAAAGAGAAGUCGCAAGUGUCUGCGCAGAUAUAUUCGAAUGGCAGCCGACUUUAGUGAAUUGGCAAAUGCUAGCAUCAGGGGAAGUCAAUAAACCAUUAAGGCCCAAAGCUCACCUCUCGUGUGCUUCCGGUCAGAAGAUUUCGUCUAUCAAAUUUGCUAGCUUUGGAACUCCCGAGGGUGUUUGUGGUGACUUCCGCCAGGGAAGCUGUCAUGCAUUUCAUUCUUACGACGUUUUUGAGAGGUAUUGUGUCGGCCAACAAUCUUGCACGGUGCCUGUGACACCAGAGAUCUUUGGAGGCGACCCAUGUCCAAAUAUCAUGAAGAAACUUUUUGUCGAGGCCGUCUGCAGUUAAUGAGAAAAACCCAACAGCCAAUUAAUAAAUCGUCAUACUUCCUCUCAUUUCCAGGUCCUCCUAUGUUUCAGUUUUAAGGUGGCCAAUUCAGAGACUAUCCAAUCCGGGACAACCAUUUUUCUUUGGGCUUUGCUGGGGUGAAGUUGUACAUAUAUGCAACACACUUCUAGUCCAAAGCCUUAGCAGAUUUUGAAGAUGAUUCAAGAGAAAAAAAGUAUGUAUAUAUAGAUAGUUCAUUGUUGGGGUCAAAGGGGGUUAGAAUGCACACUGUGAUGAUAGAUGAGUCCAUGUGCACAUGCCUCCUGUCUUUUAGGACAAUCAAGUUCUUGGCUUGUAAGAUUUGCAUUUGUACUCUUCAUGUGGAGGAAGCAACCAUUUCUCAUUGCUUCGCCAUUGUAAAAACUUGCUUCAGCAAGUGUACCAAGAUAUCAAGAUUUAUCUAUGGAACGGUAUGAAUUUAUGAAGGAAAAAAAAAGAGUCCAAAUUGACCCUC